CGCGGUUACCGACUGUGGCGCGGGCGGUGGAGAAGGAGGUGGGGCUGGCGCUGAAGCCGGAUCCGGAUCCGGUGCUGUGCACCCUGGUGGGGGAGAGUCCGACGCGCCUGGUUAGGAGCGCCGACUGCGGGGCCUCUACGGUCCCUGUACGGAGAACAGUGCCCGAUUCAUGAAUUAAAGAACUUACUAGGAAGAUGAAACCUGAUGAAACUCCAAUGUUUGACCCAAGUCUACUCAAAGAAGUGGACUGGAGUCAGAAUACAGCUACAUUUUCUCCAGCCAUUUCCCCAACACAUCCUGGUGAAGGCUUGGUUUUGAGGCCUCUUUGUACUGCUGAUUUAAAUAGAGGUUUCUUUAAGGUAUUGGGUCAGCUAACAGAGACUGGAGUUGUCAGCCCUGAACAAUUUAUGAAAUCUUUUGAGCAUAUGAAGAAAUCUGGGGAUUAUUAUGUUACAGUUGUAGAAGAUGUGACUCUAGGACAGAUCGUUGCUACAGCAACUCUGAUAAUAGAACAUAAAUUCAUCCAUUCCUGUGCUAAGAGAGGAAGAGUAGAAGAUGUUGUCGUUAGUGAUGAAUGCAGAGGAAAGCAGCUUGGCAAAUUGUUAUUAUCAACCCUUACUUUGCUUAGCAAGAAACUGAACUGUUACAAGAUUACCCUUGAAUGUCUACCACAAAAUGUUGGUUUCUAUAAAAAGUUUGGAUAUACUGUAUCUGAAGAAAACUACAUGUGUCGGAGAUUUCUCAAGUAAAAGUCUUAUAAGAAAAUUGUCAAAGGAGCUAAUGCUACAAGGCUACACUCUUCCUAGAGUUGAAAUGUUUUGUUGCUACAGCCGAGUGACCUCCAUAAAUACUGGACUGAAAAAACAUUGUAAUACUACAAGUGUAAUGACAUUUAGAAGAUUACUUUGGGCUGGUGGGAUAUGCUGUGAAUUUAGAUUACAAAUGAAUAUUAUAAAGGGGAUGAUUUUUAACCAAAGGAAUAUAUUUUUAACUUGAAUUUUCUUGCAUCGUAUUUUUCUAAAAGUUUGGCUUCAUUUCUUGGUCGUCAAGAGUAUGGGUAAUAAGGAGUUACAUGUCUGCUAUGUGUGUUGCUCAUAAAAAAAAGUAUAUAUUGAGUAAGGCUGUUUCUUAUCACAUGCAUAAAAUUAAAUAUUUUUGUUUCACAGAAACAUCUCAAUACACUUAGGGGUGUAUUGUUUCCAACAUAUUAAGUCAGACUGGAUAAAUUAGUUAUUAUAAUUAAACAUUGUGUAGUCCAACAAUCGUUGAUCCCAAUACAGGCAAACAACCUGGCCAGCCUUUUAAAGUAGAAGAAAUGAAAAUUAUUUGACAAGAUUAAAAGUAAAAAAUUUAAACGUUUUACUAAAAGUUUAUAUAAAUCUAUGUAGAUAAAAAGUACCACUUGUCUUAUCUGUGAAUUGUAAUUAUUCAUUUGCUAAAAACAUCUAAGAGCAAUUAUAGUGGGACAUCUAAGAUACUUUUUAAACAGUGAAUUAGCAAACCCAGCAUAUGUAUUUCUACCCUGUUUUUCUUUUCCUGGGUAUCUGAAGCCUCUCUUCUGAAUAAGUUUUUUCAAAAAUGAAAUAUCACAAAACUGAACGAAAUACAAUACUUAAAAAUGUGUUUUACUGGAUUUGCCAAAUUCGUUAAAUGUUGAUGGAAGCUUUACUUUUUAAUGUGAUUAUAAUGGCACUAUUUUGGUCAUUAUCCUGUUUAAUUUAUCUUAAUUAUUUUUUAAAGUUGAAAUAAGAAUUAAAUACUUUAAUGGUUCCAAUCUUUUGCAUUCCAUAUUACAUUAAACCUGUUUGUAUGUGAGUAGCCUUCUUUUAGAAUCACAUCUGCGCUUUUCUUGAGUCUGCUCUUGAACUAUUAGGUUAAGUCAUAAUUCAUAAAAUUUUAGUUUUAUGUACUCUUUGUAAAACGAACUUGCAAAGAAAAUACCAGUGUUUCUCAUCCCUUUGACUCAUGCCACGUCAUCUGGAUUUUGGAUUUCCCUCCAUGCAGUCAGCUAUAUAGUUGGCUUUCCAAAACAACAAAUCCUUCACCAAGAGUGCUCUACUUACCUACUUAUGACCUAUGCAGACGAACUGAUCUGUACUGAGUGAAAAGCAACAAAGCUAGUUCUCUUUUCAGAAGUCCUACUACAAUCUUGGCAGAGUAGUCUUUAUCAGGUAAAUUCUGAUAAUUAAAAACUCAUGUUAAAAAAACAUUAGCCUAGUAAAAGGCAAAAUUAAAUGCUUGAUUACUUUUCUUACCACUGAACAAUUUGAGGUAAAAUCGUUCACAAGGUUGGCACUUAAGUAAAUCCCUUUAAGCAGUGUUCCUAAGGUCAUCUCUUAAAUCCUCCCAUAGGAAAUAGAAUUACAGGUAAGGUACACCAUACAAAACUUGUCAUUGAGGACAAUGGUGAUCUGUAGUUUUAGUUGAGCAUGUUUAUAAUUUUUGAAGCCAUAUGGUGAGUAAAUGUAAAUAUGAAAAAAUGCUAUAUAAAACACUUCUUAUACUUAACUGUUCCUUGUGGAGCAGGACUACCCCACAGGCAGUGUACCCACAGUAGCCUCUUUUUUUAAAAAAUUCUUUGAGACAAGGUCUCACUCUGUUGCCCAGGCUGGAGUUUAGGGGCAUAAUCACCACCCACUGCCACCACAAUCUCCUGGGCUCAAGUGAUCCUUCUACUUCAGCCUCCCAAGUAGCUGGGACUACAGGUAUAUGCCACCAUACCCAGCUAAUUUAAUUUUUUUUGUAGAGAUGGUGUCUGUGUUGCCCAGGCUAGUCUCAAACUCCUGGGCUCAAGUGAUCCUCCCACCUCAGCCUCCCAAAGUGCUAGGAUGACAGGUGUGAGCCACUGCACCUGGCCCACAUUUUUAUAAGAGACAGUAUCCCACUCCAUCACUCAGGUUGUAAUCCAGUGGUGUGAUCAUCUCACUGCAUCCUCCAAUUCUUGGGCUCAAGCCAUCCAUCCUGACUCAGCCUCUCCAGUAGCUGGUACUACAGGUGUGUGCCAUCACAUCUGGCUUUAAAUUUUUCUGUAGAGGUGGGGUCUCACUAUUGCUCAAACUAGUCUCAAACUCCUGGGCUCAAGUGAUCUGCCUCAGUCUCUAGAGUAUCUGGGAUUACAUGUGUGUCCCACCGUGUCUGGCUGUUCGUAUUUUUGAGCACUAUUUGCUUAUGAAAAGAUACAAUGAAGGGGUAGUUGUCACUUUUACUGUGUCCCAUGUUUUUUAUAUUUUUGUUUUUUCAUCAGCUAAGAUGCAUUGUUUUCUCUCUGAAAUCUGGAUACAUUAUCAAUGGUUUGUCAUAGUUUUGUUAGCAAUACAUUCCCUAAAUGUAAUUAUUUUAGUGGUGCCUAAAAUAAUGGUAUAGUUCUAAGAGGAUCUUAGAUUUAUGAAGCACAGUAUGCAGGUAGGCCUAAUGAGGGAAAAGAAGGUACUAUAAAAGCAGGAACUAUUUUUUUUCUAAUGACUGAAAGCUGUUCUAUGGAUGACCUACCCUUUCCUUUAAACACGAAUUCUCUCACUUCCAACUCCAAACUUGGCUCAACUAAUCCUUAAAAAUAAACCUGAGUUGGAAUUUGA